UUGAGAGCUUAAGAUCGUCUUUUGGAAAAAAGUUUAACAACUCGGGAGAGACCUAAGAAAAUGCCUCCAAAAGGAAAGAAGACAAGGAGAACGAUUGGAGAAGACGCCCCUCAAGCUAAUGUCCAACCUCCACAAGCUGAAUUCCCUAUGAACGCCCUUCUCGAAGCCUUAAGAGCUAUUCCCGCUCAACAAAUGGAUCCUGCCGCUCGACAAAGUCAUCAUUUUCAGAUCUUUCAUCGAAUCCAAGUGCCUGAGUUUGAGGGUGGACAAGAUCCCAUGGUAGCUGAAAGGUGGUUGAGGCAGAUAAAGAAAAAUUUCAACACAAUAGGAACACCUGAGGAAUACCAAGUUACUUUCGCUGUGUCCAAGUUAGAGGGUGGUGCGAUGAUUGGUGGGAGACCUUGUCCAGGACAAUGGAAACUGAUGGGAUGACUUGGCGAGAAUUUGAGGAAGUUUUCAGGGAACAAUAUUUUAGUCCAUCUCACGGGAGGGCUCUUAUCGGAGUAUUUGAUGGUCUAAGACAAGGGGAUAUGACCGUUAAUGAAUUUUACAUGAAGUUUGUAGAGCUAUCCUCUUAUGCAUAUCUUGGUGUUGUUGAUCAACCCUUAGUGAUUGAACAGUUCAUGCGUCGUUUGAGGCCUGCGAUACGUGGUCCAAUAGCCCCUUUGACCUUUAACAACUUGACUGAGUGUGUGACAGCAGCCUUGCGAACUGAGGCUCAUGUAGAAGGGAAUGAGAAGAAGAACACAAGGAAAGGAAAAGGAAAUGACAGAAAGAUGAUCAAGAAGAAUCAAGGCAGUGGUCCCAAGGACAACAAUUUAGUGGGGGUAGCACUAGUAGUGGUUCAUCUGGAAAGACUCGUAGUGGACCAUACGGGUGUUUCAGUUGUGGUCAACAACGUCACAAGAAGAAAGAUUGCCCGCAACGACAACAAAGAUUUCAAGCAUCUCAUGGGGGACCCAUAGGGAGCUAUGUAGAGUCUACUCCUUUUCAUGGACAGCCCAGGACAAACCAGUCUCAGUCUUCAUCCUAUGGUUUCACACCCCAAUCGGGCCAGA